ACAUGGGACUGGGCCCGGUCUCGGUCCGCCAUGUUAGAUUCUCCCCGCAGGGAUAGCCGCCGAGCUGGCAGCGAACGGUCCUUGCGCUGGCCGCGGGUAAGCGCCCCCCGUGGGCGGAAAGCUGGCUGACCUAGAACUCUUGGACUCCAACUACCAACCUGCUUCAAUUUCCUGAGUAACUGGGACUACAGCCUCAGCCCCACAGCAUGGAACCACAGGUUACUUUAAACGUGACUUUUAAAAAUGAAACUCAAAGCUUUCUGGUUUCGGAUCCAGAAAAUACAACUUGGGCUGAUGUUGAAGCUAUGGUAAAAGUUUCAUUUGAUCUGAAUAAUAUCCAAAUAAAAUACUUGGAUGAGGAAAAUGAGGAGAUAUCCAUCAAUAGUCAAGGAGAAUAUGAAGAAGCACUUAAGAUGGCUAACAGUAAGCAAGGAAACCAACUACAGAUGCAAGUCCACGAAGGGUACCACGUUGUAGACGAAGCAUUCCCCCAGGUUGUAGUAGAAAAACAAGCAGCUGGCAGGAUAGGGAAGAAGCCACUUGCGCAUUAUUCUUCACUGGUGAGAGUCUUGGGGUCAGAGAUGAAGACCACAGAGGAGCCUGCAGCACAGCCAUGUUCACUUGCUCCCUGUGACACGGAUCAGCCUCAAGACAAGCCCCCAGACUGGUUUACAAGCUACCUGGAGAUGUUCAGAGAACAAGUGGUUAAGGAAACAGUUGAGAAGCUUGAGCAGAGGUUGCAGGAGAAGCUUGUCCUCCAGAAGCCACCCUUGGGUUCCUCGCCCUCAGAAGUCUCCAUGCCUAUUUCAGAGGAAACACUGUUUUUGCCAGAAAACCAGUUCAGCUGGCACAUUGCUUGCAGCCACUGCCAAAAGAGGAUUAUUGGUGUGCGUUACCAGUGUAGCCUGUGCCCAUCCUACAACAUAUGUGAAGACUGCGAAGCGGGACCGUAUGCCCAUGACACGAACCACGUCCUGCUGAAGUUGCGGAGACCUGUUGUGGUUUCCACCGAACCAUUUUGCCACUCAAAGUGUCCCACCCCACGUCUCCCUGCUGCUCUGGAACAAGUCAGGCUCCAAAAACAGGUGGAUAAGAACUUUGUGAAAGCAGAAAAGCAAAGGUUGCGUGCUGAGAAGAAACAGAGGAAAGCAGAAGUCAAGGAGCUUAAAAAGCAGCUUAAACUCCACAGGAAGAUUCAUUUGUGGAAUUCGAUCCAUGGUCUCCAGAAUCCCAAGUCCCCUUUGGGCCGACCUGAGAGCCUACUGCAUCCUAACACCCUGAUGCUUCCUCUGCAGCCCUGUGCCCCAGUUAUGCCAAUGUUGAGCGCAGCAUUUGUGGAUGAGAAUUUGCCUGAUGGGACUCAUCUUCAGCCAGGAACCAAGUUUAUCAAACACUGGAGGAUGAAAAACACAGGGAAUGUGAAGUGGAGUACAGACACAAAGCUCAAGUUCAUGUGGGGAAACUUGACUUUGGCGUCUACAGAGAAGAAGGAUGUUUUGGUUCCCUGCCUGAAGGCUGGCCAUGUGGGGGUUGUGUCUGUGGAGUUCAUUGCUCCAGCCUUGGAGGGAACAUACACUUCACAUUGGCGUCUCUCUCACAGAGGCCAGCAGUUUGGGCCACGGGUCUGGUGCAGCAUCAUAGUGGAUCCUUUUCCCUCCUCUGAGAGCUCUGACAAUGAAAGAGGCGUGAUCGGCUCAAGCAAAGCUGAUGAUCUCACCUGUGAGCAAGAGGAAGCUUUUCUUCUAGCUGAAGAAGAGAUUCGACUGGGUGAAGUGACAAAGAAGACAGAAAAGACAGGAACCAGCACCCCACAAAAGACACAAAAUGUUGCCAGUGAGAGGGAACUCUACAUUCCAUCCGUGGACCUUCUGACUGCUCAGGACCUGCUGUCCUUUGAGUUGCUGGAUAUAAACAUUGUCCAAGAAUUGGAGAGAGUGCCCCACAACACCCCUGUGGAUAUGACUCCCUGCAUGUCUCCUCUGCCACAUGACAGUCCUUUAAUAGAGAAGCCAGGCUUGGGGCAGAUACAGGAAGAGAGUGAAGGGGCGGGAUUUACAGCACCUCCUGAUUCCACCGUAUCAGCAAAGAGGAAGGCUGAGGCCUCUGCUUCAGUGGAUGAAACGGAGGAAGACCUGAGUGGGACCCAGUUUGUGUGUGAGACUGUAAUCCGAUCGCUCACUUUGGAUGCUGCUCCAGACCACAACCCACCUUGCCGGCAGAGGUCUCCACAGAGAGAAUUACAACUGCAUUCCACAGAGGAACAGCAGCCAGUAGUGCUGCCUGGAUUCUGCAGAAAGGAUUCUUCCCUGAAAUUUGCUUUGCCUGAAGAAGGACCACUUGGAGAUGAGAGGGAGGAAAUUAUCCGAGUUGCUGAGGAAGAAGUUGUUGAGGAGGAAGAACUCCAAGAUGAAGUUCAAAGUCAGUCUUCUGCUUCCUCUGAAGAUUACAUCAUCAUCCUGCCUGAGUGCUUUGACACCAGCCGUCCACUGGGGGACUCCAUGUACAGCUCUGCACUCUCACAGCCGGGCCUGGAGCGAGGGUCUGAAAGUGAACCUGGGAUCGAGGCUGGGCAGGAACCAACCGAGGCUGGAGAGAGACUCCCAGAAGGGGAGAGCCAGCCCCAGGAGCAGAGCAUCAGUGACAUCCUCACGACCUCACAGACUUUGGACACAGUGCCUCUAGUCCCCGAAGUAGUAGGGCUUCCGCCAGCACCAACCAGGAGCUCCCCUUGUGGGCAGCAUGGGUCCCCAGGAGUGGAUUCACCAGUUACCAUCCAAGAUGUUCCUCCAGUCCCUGAUCAGAUCAGAGGAGAGCCCAGAGGCUCAUCAGGACUUGUAAACAGCAGACAGAGGAGCUGUGACCACUCAAGGCACCACAAUGGGAGCAGCAUUGCUGGAGGACUGGUGAAGGGGGCUUUGUCUGUUGCUGCCUCUGCGUACAAGGCCCUAUUUUCUGGGCCACCAGUCACUGCACAGCCCAUCACUUCUGAAGAUCAGACAGCAGCCCUGAUGGCACAUCUCUUUGAAAUGGGAUUCUGCGACAGGCAGCUGAACCUGAGGCUGCUGAGAAAACACAAUCAGAAUAUCCUGCAGGUUGUGACAGAGCUCCUCCAAGUCAGCAACAACGACUGGUACAGCCACCGCUACUGAGGACUGACCUUGUAUUAAAUAACUGCCUGCCGCUCAGAGAUGAUCUCUAUUCUGUCAUUGAGUGUGGGUGGAAGCCCUUGCUUGUUUUUUAAUCUGAUGAAUCUAUAUCGAGCGUCGCUGAAUUGUUGAAACAAUACCUGUUACAGUAUUCUUUGGAGCAAAAUCAAAGGCCAGAACUUAAAUUUUCACUUUAGAAAUGGGAUGAAUGGUAGGAAGACAGUUUUCAACUGAUCUGGACAGAACUCUCCACUGUAGUACAAGGAAGCGUGUAACUUGAACUUCCUGUGGACUGCUUUUCCUUCUGCUAGUAUUGAAGUUGAGUAUUUUCCUUUGGUUCAUAUGGAUGUUCUUAAUGGGCUGUUAAAUGUUAGUUUGGUUUUUUGUUUUCUAAAGAUUAAUCUUGAAUGUUUUCAAGAAUUAUUCUCCUCAUUUUUAUAACCAACCCCAAGCUUCAUAGCUACGUGUGACCUUAAAGGACAGCAGAUCAAGAAAGUCAUUUUUCUGUUAAGACUUAGCUUUCAGAAGACUCCAGUGGUACAAUUAAGUAUCCACCUGGAAGGAUGGAAGGGCAUGCUAGUUAACCCACCAGCACCUACUGAGCAGUGUCUGUUGAAGUACUUUUGCAUAAAGUUUUAUUUAAGGAAAAAUCCUAGGUAGUGUGAAGUAUUUUUGAAUCCUAUAGAGAAAUGAAAACCCCACCUGUUAGAUAAAGGGAAAGGUAAAUUUAAAUCAUCCUUUUUCUGACUGUCAUAGCCGAUCUUAAGGAGAACAGGUAUGUGCAAAUUCUCAUCUCAGUAAGAUUCGAGUGUGGGUGAGGGGACACAGGAGAAAUGCUGGUGACUUCACGAAUGUACUCUGCUUCUGAGGUGUCCAGCCCUAGAGAACAGGAAGUGUGGUGGUUGGGGGCUAACCCACUGAAAGGUUAGUUUACCUACCGUUAGGGUAACUGGGAAGAAACUUGCUCUCAGAGUGCUAGUUCAUAAGGGGGCUUUGGGUACAGGUGGUGAAAGAAGAGGUAACGAAACACUAAAGAAUUUAUUGAAGGCAUCUGGACCCCAGCUGAAAGGGGAAAGAUAGUUAAAAUAGUAUUAUUUAACUUAGUUGGUAUUUAUAAUAAAUGGAGAUUUUAAUUACUCAUAAUCUGUUUACUUACAGUCUAACUCUUGAAUGCUUCUAAAUAAACCACAAUUCAAACUUCAA